GCUGCUUCAGCAUUGUUCUUGAUAUUUAGUUAGGUUAAGUAAUAAUUAAUUUUCUUUUCCAUGCUUUUUUAAAUUUUUCUUCUAAGCUACUCUCAAUUACGCUGCAAAGUGUAACCUGUAACCCCGAAAAGUAUAAAAAAUUCCCUUUUUGUAUUAAGCUUCACAAUGAGUACCUCCUUAGCAGAACAACUACAACGCCUUGCCGUACCUCAAACAACUCGUCUUCAGCAAGACAAAAAGCGCGCCUCCUUACUGUUUGACCCAAAAGAAGCGGCAAGUUUAAAUAAAGAGACUGCAUACCAAAUUGGUAUAGACGGAUUAGAAGAAUUAAAAGAGCGCGAUAUAGUGUUUGCCGAGUUCGAAAAUACGAUAUUCCAUGUGACUGCGAAAGAUUUCGAACGCUCCGUCGAAACGGCACAAGCGAAUCAAAAGUUAGAUAAAAACAUUAGGAGAUUUUUGUAUUUAUUGUCCCCACAUUUUAUGUUUAACUGCUCAUAUAAAGCAUUGGAAUGGCUAGUGUAUCGUUAUUAUAUUCACGAGUAUAAUAAGGAGGAUUUGUUAAUGUUAAUUUUACCUUAUCACGAAACAAAUAUUUUUGUGAGAACGUUACAAUUGUUAAACUUGAAGAGUCCAAAGGAUAAGUGGCAUUGGAUGAAACCGUUACAAAAAACCGGAGUGCACUUAACAAAACAAGUUUUGUACAACAAUUUAGCGUCAAAUUCGCAUUUUUUGGAGUGUAUUUCAAACUACGUAGUCAACAUUGUGAAAGAACAUACAAACCCAUCGUGCUUAACCACAGUGUAUAAUUUUUUCUGCAGCUCGUUUGCGGGAGCUCUCGAGUAUUCGGAACAGGUCACCGAGAUACAAAUAUCACAAAUGCUCCCUGUUCUCCUCAAUGGAUUAUCGUCGAACACACCCGAUUUUGCAGCGUCUUCGUACAUUAUAUGCGCACAGUUAUUUUCGAAGAUUCAACUUUCUUCCAAAAUUUUGAACAAAUUUACGAACAAAAUUUGUCAGGUUCAAGUUGCCAAGUUGAAAAACGAAGCGGUAUUAGUACUGCUCGUUCUGUAUCAAACGCAAAAGCAUCACACUUUCAUGGCGAAUAUUAAGAUAUUAAGCGGCAGUCAAUUGGGUCUCGUGAGAGUGAUUGAGAAAUACCAUCGGGAGGGGAUGAAUGUGAAUCCAUUGCUGAUUGCCAUAUUGAAGAGUGCGAUUGAAGAGAUACUAAUGAGGGACGAUGAAGGUUGCAAGAUGUUUGUAGAUGAAAUCUUAAAUGAAAUUAAAUUUGAUCAACAGUUUAUUGAUCCCUUAAUUAGAUGCCUUUUGGAAACCUGUAGCGACAUUAAUAAAUCGUCGACGAAAAAUAAUGAUUGGGUUAAAGAAUUUCUGUGCAAAAUUGAAAGACAGUAUCCGGCCGAAUUUGACAAAGCAAUUAAAGACAUAAUGAAAUUGACAAAGAAACGGACAUCCUUACAAAAAACCAUCUGUGACAUAUUGGGCGACAUCGGCAAUAUCGAUAGUAUUUACGAUUUAAUGGAAAAGCUGUAUCAUCCAAAUUCGGACACGCGUUUGGAAAGUGUAAAAGUGUUGCGGAAGAAAUUUGACGUGUUUCGGGAGAGGGAUCGCGAGGCGAUUGAAAAUGCGAUCUUAGAUCGGAUUAAGGACGAUUGCGUUGAAGUGACGUGUGCGACGUUGGAGGAAUUUCGAAUGAAGCUCGCCAGUCUUAAUUUCGAUCGUUUGAAGAGUGCUCUAUUGGAGCUUAUAGUUCGCUGCCAGAACGCCCCCGCCUUCUUGCCAGCUUUACCGAUGGCCCUUGAGCUGUUAUGCCAGUACUUUGACGCGUCCGAUAUACAGAUUUUCCUCACAGUUUUACCAUUCUUACUUCCAACUUCUGAAGCCGAACUUGCAACAGCGCGUUUGGUGUUGAAGUCAACAUACGGGGCGAAGUCACCGAUGUUGUUACAUGCUGGUAAAAAUCUUGCCAAGGUAAAUGCAUUUGCUUUCGCAUCGAACGUGUAUCAAAGCUUGUGCGAAAACGUGCACCCAUUAGAUAUGUCCGUGUUGGUAAAAACCUUGAAGGAGAUGCCCGAAGGUACAAAUACUGUUUAUAAAUGUAUGGGGUUGUUGCUCAUGUGUAGUGCACUUCCUUCCACAACCGAUUUUGAAAUUGCAUGCUUGGUGCUGGACAUAAUUGAGAUGUACAUGUCCCAAAAUGAGAUUUCUCAAAGUGAACAGUCAGUGUCAAGCUACAUCCUAUUGGCAAGAAAAAAUAAAUUAAGUUUGCAUUGCUUGCUGGAUUGCGUGAAGAAGUUGAUUUCUAAAAUUACACCGAAGAAUGUCUCACUUAAUUGCCACGAUUUCAACAUGAAUGAAGAGACAUCGACGUUUAUUAUUCGAAUCUUAAAGAUGUUGACUAAGGGAACAUCAAAGAAAAAGAAAGCGAAAUCAGAAGCCUACAAGUCUGCUCUGAGUCUCUUUCUCAAACAUUUUUGCUCCAACGACGUCACUCUUACAAGCGAAUUUCUUUUAAAUCUGACAAUUAGCGAUAAUCAACUAAUUGACGAAGAGCUUCGGUUUAAUUGCAUACUACUGCUGAAAUCUAUUACAGAGAAAAAUGUUAAGUUGUCAAAAACAGGUCUUGUUAUUCCUUACUUACUGGUGGGGCUCACUUCUCACGAUGCAGCCUUGAGGAAGGAGAUUGCCGAUGUUUUAAUCUUCUAUUACACAAAUCUUCAGCCGGCCCACGCAGCUUAUGCUUUCUUGGUGCAAUUUUCCGAACAUAUUCAAGAAGUCGUGAUGGAUAACGAAGGAUGCGCGCAAGUGAUACAAACCGUUUACAUGACGGACGCAGCCAAAACCCUAAUUCGGCAACUUGCAGAGUUACUCCAUGGCAAUUAUCCACUUUACUUCAAAGCUGGCAUUCUCACUCUAUUACACAAAACAGCCGAUUUUCAAAUAUACAACAGCACCUCGCAAACAGCCGCCGAAAUUCUGAAGAAUUGCGGAGAAACGUUUGACGCUCCCCAGUCUAGAAUAAUUGAAAUUAAUAUUGGCAGCUUUAGCAAUCAUCACGCCAGGGAGGUGAACGAAAACUCGACGGCUUGGUCUUUUAUUUCUUCGUGCAUCCGCAAUGAUAAAUCCAUCCUUGCCAACGAGAAGCAAACCUGUCCGUCCGCGCUGAUGCUGGAGGGGAUCGACCGAGAGAUCUUUUCGCAUUUAAAGCAAAACGUGAAGAAGCUAAUCUUAAAUGAAAUCAUCGAGGUCGCCACGAAUACAACAAAUGCGGAGGUGCUGCAAGCCGCCGGUCACGUAUUUAAGCGGAUCGACAUCGAUUCUACUUUAGUCUUGGAACCGUUACAGCGUAUGAAAGACGUUCGUUCACCUUCACUUAACCCCCAAAAGUUGAAACGUCGCGUUACCAUCGUGCCCACUGUGGAUAUUUUAGAAACUGCCGAUUGGCGGAGGGGCGUUACCGUACUGGAAUUCAUACAGGAUAAGAAAAAAAUUCGAAAUACCAAUUUGUUAUUGGGGACGUUGUUCGAAAUUUUGAAAAAGUGUCUGGAUUUCGAAGAGCAGGCGAACGUAGAGUAUCCGAAACAGUUGUUGCUGUCGACAAUUUUGCAUUGUUGCCAAAAGCUGGAUAGUAAGAUUGCCGAGGGUGCUUUUGAUAUGCAGCUUGUUGUCCAGUGUAUCAGAGCAUCUCAAAAUCCACAAACUCACCAUCACGCCUUAUUGUUAUUGGCGGAAAUCGCAUCUUUAAUUCCGAAACAAGUGCUCCACCACAUUAUCGCCAUAUUUACGUUUAUGGGAUCCUCCGUCCUACGCCACGACGAUGAGUACAGCUUCCAAAUAAUUACGAAAAUUAUAGACACAGUUACGCCCAUAUUAAUAGAAGAUGGCAAAACGGAAAGUGUCGCGCAGGUAUUGCGUGUAUUCGUCGAUGCCGUGUUAGACAUACCAGAACAUCGCCGCAUGCGUCUUUUCAAGCAGUUGUUAACGCGAAUUGAUACAAAAGAAAACUUGCAUUUAUUUGUACUGAUCGUACUGGAAGCGCAAGUGGUGCACGGUCAAGCUGAAAAACAAAAGGCGCACAAGUCGCUAACAACUAACGAAUCGCCCAAACGUUUGGACAUCGCUGCAGAAUUGUGCAGGGAAUUUUCACCUGAAAUAGUCAUAAACACUUGCAUUAAAGUGUUACAGUACUUGAGCAAGCUUCCGGAGGAGAAAAAGAAUGACACUCAAAACAUUGACAACUAUACUUUUGAUAUCCAGCGAUACACCCCUAAACAGUUCCGCCAUUACAAAUAUAUAAUAAUAUUCUUCAUAUCAAACUUGCUCAGCUCGAAACAGUUUGUAACACAAGUAGCCGCACUCUCAGAAACCGAUAUGCAACAGUUAGAAACUUCUUUUAAGGAAGCAAUCAUUGUAAUGCUUAAACACAUUCAGACGACCGCCAAAUUAGUUGACAGCAAUAUAAACACCCCCCAAUCGCAGUACUGGCGAGUCAUGCUCCACUACAGUUGCGACACUUUAGAUGCGCUCAAUUCCCUGCUGACAGAAAAAAUGUUCCUGCUUGUAAUACACGGUUUGAUGGUUUACAGUCUCAGCACUAUACGUAAACGCGCCUUAGAUUUGCUGAACAACAAACUGCAAGAUAAAACGGAUUUCAUCAACGAAUGCGAUAAGGAAGAACUUUUCAAUGUAAUUGUAACCCCCCUCAUCAACAUAAUACGAACGAUCGAAGACCCGAAUCUGGAUGCCGAUCAAGAGCAAGUCAUUCAAAAAGCGCUGCUCUCGUUAAAAUUAAUUGUUAAACAUCUUGGGGCCGAUAAUCCCGAGAAAUUUCGACCAAUUUUGAACUUCACAGCCGAGUUGGUGCAAAACGGGCGUGGCGCAAUCAGUGACAAUGUUCUCGCCUCACUUAUACUAUGCGUUGCCGAGUUGUGCAAUCAACUGCGCGCCCAUGCGAUAACCAGCUUGACCAAGUGCAUGCCGGUGAUGCUCAAACUGUUAAAGCCGAACAAGGAAGCUGCUCCAAGUUUGUUGGUCACCAGCAAUGUGGCCGCUAUUAACAAAAUUCUGGAUAGUCUGUCGCUUUUUCUGAGCCCGUUCCUCAAAAAGCUGUUGUGUGGGGUUUCAAUACUUGCGGCGAAGUGGGGUAUGCUACGAUCAGAUGAUGCAAAGAUAACUGUGUUUAACGCGAAGGUGCAGAGUGUACAGGGGAAGCUGGGGCAGUUGGUACCAUUUCGUGUGUUGCUGCCUGCCGUUCAAGAGUCAUAUGCAGAGUUGGUAAACAAAGGGAAAUUUUCUGGAAUCGAACCCUUAAUGAAAAUUUUAUGCGAGAGCCUGAAUGCUUUGAAAGGCAAUGACGUUCAAGGUCAUUUGGGAGAUUUGACAAACUUCUUUUUGCAAGCUCUUCAACUGCGCACAGACGGCAAGUGCGAAGAUGUAGAGCAAAUUGAAGAGAAUAUUAUUAAAGCAAUCAGCAGCUUGGUUUUAAAAUUAUCUGAAACAACAUUCAGACCAUUGUAUUAUAAAAUAUUCGAUUGGGCAGUGCGAACGGAUGUUAAAACCGCACGUGUGAUCACCUUCUACAAUUUAUCGCAUGUGUUUGCGAACUCUCUGAAGGGAUUGUUCUCCUUGUUCGCCGGCCACUUCCUAAACAAUGCUGCGAAACUUUUAGAUGAAUGCAACCAAGUAAAAAGUGAAAGUCUCUACUUUGACGAGGAGACUAAAAGCGUAAUGCUUGUCGAGAAUAUUUUAAAAACUCUUCACACAAUUUUCAUGUACGACAGCCAAAAGUUUGUGAAUAAGGAACGGUUUGAGGUGUUAAUGCAACCAAUCGUCGACCAAUUAGAAAACGCGUUGGACGGGUUGGAUAAUUUAGAAAGUAGAGCGAACAAAAUUUUAAUUCCGUGCAUAGCGCAGUUCGCAGUAGCGACAGCCGAUGACUCCCUGUGGAAACAAAUGAAUUACCAAAUUUUACUCAAGACCAGGCACAACACGUCCAAAAUCCGCUUAAUAGCCCUAAACGCCGUGGGCGAAACUGCGAAGAAAUUGGGCGAAGAUUUCCUGCCACUUUUACCCGAGACGAUACCUUUCCUCGCCGAGCUGUUGGAAGACGAAGAUGAAGUCGUCGAGAAGUCCUGUCAAAAGAUGCUACAAGAACUUGAGAGGGUUUUAGGGGAACCAUUGCAAAAAUAUUUUUAAUUAGUAAGGUAUAAAAUUUACUUGGAUCAUACUAAUUACAUUGUUAUUGUAGAAUAAAUUAUAUUUGAAGA